AUGGUGUCUCCGUCUGGGGACGUGAUCCGAACCCGGUCCAACGGAGUGGUUCCCCACUGCAGCCAGGCCUCAGAUAGUAGACUUCGCGGGCACGUCGGACUGCUUCAGAAGACAGUGGCGAAAGCAUUGAUAACUGGAGGAGGGGGCUACUUUGGCUACCACCUGGGCUGCGCCCUUGCCAGGGAAGAAAUCAAUGUUGUUUUGUUUGACAGGCAGAAACCAAAAUGGGAAAUUCCCAAAAGGGCAGUAUUUUUCCAGGGGGACGUGAGAGAUUACGAGGCAGUGUUGCAGGCUUGCGAAGGCGUGGACUGCGCGUUCCACGUCGCCUCAUACGGCAUGUCAGGAACGGAGCAACUACACAAUAAAGAGCUGAUCGAAUCCAUCAACGUGGGAGGGACGAAAGUCGUCAUCGAGGCAUGCCAGCAAAGGAAUAUUUCCAGGCUGAUAUAUACCAGUUCGGUGAAUGUCGUAUUCGGAAGGGAUCCCAUUGAAGACGGCGAUGAAGAAACGGUGCCAUAUUUUCCGCUGGAGAAGCACACCGACCAUUAUUCGAGAACCAAAGCGAUUGCCGAUCAGAUGAUACUGGCUGCUGAUGGGACCCCGCUUAAGGGAGGAGGUCUACUUCACACGUGUGUCAUCCGCCCACCCGGCAUCUACGGGCCAGAGGAACCGAGACACCUUCCACGGGUAGCUAAGAACAUCCAAAGACGUCUCUUCAGCUUUGAGUUUUGGAGCCCCGACAGCCUGAUGAACUGGGUCCACAUUCACAACCUCGUGGAAGGUCAUCUCUUGGCCUCCGCGGCUCUGACUGCCGAGAGAGGCUACAUUGCUAGCGGUCAGGCGUAUUAUAUAAAUGACGGAGAAAACAUCAAUUUUUCCGAAUGGAUAACGCCGCUGUUUGAGAAACUGGGCUACAAGAAGCCGCGGGUACAUGUUCCCGCUUUACUCGUUCAUGCCGCAGCUGCCUUGCUGGAAUAUCUGCACCUGCUUCUUAAACCAGUUUUCAACUUUACACCUGUUGUGACCAGAAGCGAGAUAAGAAACCUGACGGUCACUCACACGUUUCGAAUAGACAAGGCCCGGAAACAACUGGGUUACUACCCCAAAAAGUUCACGCUGGCCGAUACCGUGGAUCAUUACCUGAAAACGAGACCCCCGUGCCGGGAUCAGGCGUCCUCCCUCGUGCUGCUGCUUACAUUCGGCAUAUUUUUAUCUGUGGUCUUUCUGUCUUUCCACUUUUAG